UCACAUCACAGUGUUACAUGACCAUGACGGAUAUUCUAACCCGAAUAGUCGUGAACUUUAACGUUUAAUAUCUCGAUUCGCUGGGCAGAGCGACGCUUUUUUCUCAGAUUCUUUCGUUUUAUGGAAAAACGCGUCGAAUGAGUAUAAUUUAAUCGAUUUUUAAGAGGAUGGCCGUCCAUUGCACUUUUACCAAGAAUGAUCCUGCAACGUUGUCGGAAUUAUUUGACAACGCUUUCGAAAUGUUUAACAAUAUUAAUGCUACGGUAGAACCAACGAACAGUUCGAAAGUACAGUUGGACAUAAAACGAACAAUGCACAUGUUUGAGGAUGCAACGAGACUUGUGUCUAUAGUAGAUAUGUUUAGCGAUAACGAAACUUUUGAAGAAGUAGCCACGGAGAAUAUCAAGUAUUUUUUAUUACCGGCUCUAUUGGGAAAACUUACCAAUCAGUUAUGCGUUACCGAUGAUAGAAUGCAUUUGGUUAAAGUAGCAGAAAUCUAUUUUAUAGAUUUUUUAAAGCGACUAAAAGCAUACGGUCUGAUAACAGAUGUUGAAAUACCAGAAAUUAGUAAAGUUGAUGAGAAAAAGGAAACAGGAGAUAAUGAAAAUACAUCAGAAUCAAGGAUGUUAGAGAAUAUGGUGAUCCGUAGAAAUACAAAGUUACAAAGAUAUCAACAGGAGAAAGAUUUGGAAUCUCGUUUGGAUACUUUAAAGAAGAACUUAGAUAAUCCUAACAUUGAUGACGAAUUUAAGAGAGAAUAUUUUGUUACUCUUAUAAAAUUAUAUGCAGUUCGAAUCGUUGAUGACUUAAAUUUCUUGAAAAGGGAGAAAAUGAUUUUGGAGAAUAUGAAGGAAAUGAAACCGAUGCAAACUUCGACUUCUGAAAUACAAAAAAAGCAAAAAUUACCAGCUCCAAAACUGCAACCCAUUAUCAUUACACGUGACGAAAUACAAAAGAAAGUUUUUGGAGCAGGCUAUCCAAGUUUACCAGUUUUAACAGUGCAAGAGUUUUACGAGCAAAAGGUCAAGGAUGGAGACUGGCCCGAUUCAUCGCAACAUAAUGUAACUAAUUCUCGAUGUUUACAAGAUAUGGCGAAUAAAGGUAUAAUAUCAAAUAAUGAGGAUAGUGAAACCGUUUUGAAGGAAAAAAAAGAAGAAAAAGACGAUCCUGAAUAUCUCGAACAACUACGUGCAAUGGAUGAAUAUAAAGACACACAUCGUCGUGGGUGGGGUAAUCGUGCUAAUAGAAGUUAAGACGUCUGAGAAUAAAAUUGAUAUAAUUCUAUCCUCAGAAUGCUUUUUUAUGUCUUUGUUUAUAAGACUUUAUGUUUUAAUUACAUUUUAUUGAACUAAAGUAAAGUUGAGAAUCUGUCUUAAAACAGCAAAAUAAAUAAUGGAAGCGAGAGAUGCUAAUCUUUAUAGCUUCUGGUUGUUUUUCAUUACUGUUCCACGUAACGAGGGAACGUUCCAAAUUGCAAAAGCGAUAUAAAAAAACUGACGCUAUCAGUCGAACGAUCACAUUUGAAAUAGAUAUUCUAAAUAGUCAAAUCUUAGGAUCCUGUAGAUUUGCACCCGAUUUGGUACGAAUCAUAUUUGACCGUAUUUGAUGUAUUCACAUAUACGGUGGUGUUUAAAAUUCUUAAAUGUUUAAGCAAUUUUCAUUAUGGUGUAUUUAGCAUUAAUAAUAAUAAUAAUAAUAAUAAUAAUAGCUUUAUUGCAUUGUGUGUAGAUGUGUGCUAUUGCACAGCGCUAACGGGACGCUCCCUUUUUUGGUCAGGUCGAAAAUUUCUCAAUUUACAGGGUGUCACAGAAAAAUCGGGAUACCGAAUUAUCUAAAAAAAAUGACGUUUUCAAAAAAAACUCGUAUCAAAGUGUAAGGUAUCAAGUUAUUCAUUAUUUGGCGAUAUUGGUUUGGCCUUAAAUGAUCUUGAGAAUGUUACGUUAAAAUCACCCUGAGUUUUUUUUAAACAAAAACUCCUAUUUUUUGUUAAAUUCUUGUAGCCGACGUUGAGGUCUUUUUAAAACAGUAUAAUUAGGUUUCAUUUAAGCAAAAACUAUUCGAGAUAUACGCCGCUAAAGUUUAAGUACCGCCCGACAUUAUCCAGGGUGCAUCACGCGUAGGUUGCGCGGUCAGAUUUACACCUCUUGGAGUGCUUUAUUAAAGUGAGUCCUUUACCUCUCGCGCGCGUGUGUGUUGCGUGUGCGCGCGCACACAUGAUCAUCGAACACUGUUUGGAAUUUCUAAAUAACUCGGAAUGCACGCGCGUACGCAUGUAUGCUCGCACGCACACAUAAAAGGCAAAGGGACUCUUUAAAUCUUGACGUAACAUUCCCAAAAUAGCUCAAGGUCAAACCAAUAUAUAUGAUGACCAACUUGGUACCCUGCAACUUUUGUAUGAAAUUUUUUUUGCGGAGAUACGUUUCCGAUAUAACCUAGUGCUCUGACCUUUUUGUGACAUCCUGUAUUACUGAUUUUUCAAUCACCGGACAUAAAUCAGUUGUUAGGCUAUUUAUAAGAGAAAAACUUGUAUUCAUAUGAAAAACAUUAAUGAAACAAUGUAUUUAGAUUCGCUUUAUAUACAGCAUACCUAAUAUAAGUGAGAGAGAGAGAGAGAGAGAGAGAGAGAGAGAGAAUCGCGCGCACGUACGUAUCCCAUUGUUGCCAUGUUAUCAUGUAGGUAUCAAAAUAUAGAUAAUUUAACUUUG